GAGAUGGUUGCAAGUGAAGCUUCUGCGCUUGUGUGAGCAACACGCUUAUAUGUAUGUCCCGGGAGUGAGAUGGUAUAGUUCCUGUACUGAGCCUCUUCAGUGAACAUAUACAAGGACGAUCUUACCCGGCUAGUUGUGAUUGUGAAGCCGAGUUACUUGAAAAAAAACAAAGUUCCCUGGACUUUUUUCAGAGACUUAUUUUAUUCUUCAGUGAACAGUUGCCUUAUAUACUGUUAAAUUUCGGAAAGUUUAUCGUCAUCUAAGUUAUAACUGAUAAACCCAUAGCAUGGCUAUGAUCCCACAUAGCCUCGGUGGCAGCCCGUACCCAGCAGCACCCAUGGUGAUGGAUGUGGACCAGGGCUUCUCCCACCAUCACCACCACCACCACCAGCUGUCAGGUUCCAUGCAGCUCCCACCACAGCCGCUCCAGCAGCCACAGUACCAGCCACCAAACAUGCUUCAGCCCCAGGUCCAUAACAUGGACAAACAGCAGGGCCCAUCAGACCAGAUGAUGGUUGGGACAGAACCCCCUUACCAGUGCAAGAUUUGUGGCAAGGGUUUUGCCAUUCCAGCUAGACUAGCACGUCACCAUCGAGUUCAUACAGGAGAAAAACCCUUUAAAUGCGAGUUCUGUGAGAAGACUUUCAGUGUGAAAGAGAACCUGAAUGUACACCGUCGCAUUCAUACCAAAGAACGGCCCUACAAAUGCAAUAUCUGCGAUCGCUCCUUUGAGCACUCUGGCAAGCUACACCGUCACAUGCGUACCCACACUGGAGAACGACCCCACAAAUGUGAGGUUUGUGGUAAGACUUUCGUUCAGUCUGGACAACUUGUGAUACAUAUGCGGGCUCACACUGGCGAAAAGCCAUACACCUGCGAGUACUGCCAGAAAGGUUUCACUUGCUCCAAACAGCUCAAGGUACACAUUCGUACACACACAGGUGAAAAGCCCUACGAGUGUGAUGUCUGCGGCAAGACCUUCGGAUAUAACCACGUUCUGAAGAUGCACAAGAUGUCACAUCUAGGUGAGAAGCUGUAUAAAUGUACUCUAUGUGAAGAAUUUUUCAACUCUCGCAAGGCUCUAGACCGCCAUAUUCGUGACCACGACAACCCUGAAAAGCCGUCACGAAAGCAGCAGCCUGCCCAACAGCAAGAUGCACAAUGGAAGCUCUCGCCUCUUUCCAAUUGCUCUGACGUCAAGGAUGUUAAGGCUAACAGCUCCUCCAACUCUCCACCCACCAAAUCCUCACCCACUUCAGUGUCGUGGGACAGUGAUUCUAUGGAACAACAGCUGCCAUUUCGUGAGUUGCGACGGGCCUCUGAAGGGCCCAUCGCUAACGGACCAGAAGUUUACACCUGUUAUGGAAGCGACAAUGUCGGGUCUCGAUCUCCUGGAUACGUCAGUGAUGACAGCGGUCGAGGCGCUAGCCCCGUCAGUGACACUCUCUCCCCACCUCGAUCUCCAGUCGCUUCUGGACCUCCUUUAACACCACCAUAUAUUAUGGAUGCGCCGCCUGUCAGACACCAGGCACCUGUUGGUUCAACUCGCAUGGACUACAACAUGUUGCUGCACCGCCUCUACCCAGACUUGGUGGUGCCUAAGCCAGAGUUUUGUCACCCGGGUGAUACACCCCCUCGCAUGGCAGUUUUCACAACAGAUACUGGGGAGCGACUCACUUGUCCUUACGAUCUCCUUUUAUGUCUUCAGAGUAAAAAAGAACAAAAUUACAUGGAUGAGCACAAACUUGCAAUGGAACAAGAAGCUAUCCGACGACGUCAACAACAGCAGCAGCAGCUAGAAGAACACCUACAACGUGAAGAGACUCGACGCAAGCGUGAGUGUACCUUCAUCAAUACAGUGCAGCGGGUACUGGAGGCCCUCAUUGGUAAUGAGAGGUUAGAAAGAUUGGGACACCCUGAUACCUCCGUGGAUGAAGUCCUCAUGCGAACACUUAACCUGAUGGGAUCACAACCCUGCAAGGAGCCUUCACUCUCUCCUAUGGACAGGGUCAAAGUCAACCUCCGGCUGCUCCUAGAGUGCACUGUACCCGACCAAGAUAUGUGGACCAAGUUUGGCUGGCGAGGAAAACCUAUCGACGAUAUCGUAUCAGAGUUCCUAAACUUCUGCUAGUGUACCAGAAGAGGUCAUUUCCUCGAGUUUCUCACCUUGUUCAAAGAAGGAAAAAUCCUUCAUCUUACUGUAGAGAAUGUAUAGCUGUUGGAUAUGAUUGGGCAGAGCCAUAUGUUGCGAAUUGACAUAUCCACAUUUCAUUCCUGUUAAUUGAUCCGCAAUUGGAUCUGUCAACUUUGUGGGGAGGGGGGAGUAAAUAAAACGCGUAUAUUUCUUAUAUAUGGGUUAUGUACAUCAUGUUUGGAAACUAAAGAAGGAACUUUUUGCUUUAAAGAUGCUUAUAUUUAAGCUUGAGAGAAAGGGAAGUUGGAAGAUAUGGAAUUUGAAGCACAAUUCCAUGGCUUGAAUCAUAAAUAGAAGUGGAAAGGAAUGAAGCAGAAAGUUCCUGAUGUUUGACGCUGAUCGUCCAUGAGAUGGAUGUGGUUUAUUCGAAAUGCAAACCACAUCCCUGCUAUGAAAGACAGACCUGACGUGGAGUCUGCAUCAUCAUAGCAGAAUUGGUGACAGAGUUGCUCACCUUGCAGUCAGGGAGACAGUGUUACUGCCGUCCUCUGGUAUCCGGGAGUGCCGAUCUCAGGGCCUUGUUGGCCUCAUAUUUGCUCAGUAUUUUCGCGGUGUCUCGCAGAUCUGCGAUACAACUCUAGUCGUUUGUGAAUGUCCUGCUAAUGGAUAUUUUGUACAUUCCAUAAUGUUUGUUAUUUGAAGCACAAAAUGUGUUAAAUAUAUCAUUUAUGUAUAUAAAUAAAAUAUAUAUUUUAGAUGUACUGUUUAAUAAAAUACAAAUAAUAAA